AUGGUGGGGAUAUUAAAUCUUACAUUCUUAAACUUAAUAAUUUAUUUUUAGACUGAUAUAUCUAUCUAAAAAAAUAUUGAAGUACAGCAGAUAAAUAGAGAAGUUAAAUUACGAAUAAAUUAGAGUACUAAUGAGUUAUUUGGUUAUUUUUUAAGUAUAAAUAGAGAAUGA